CGGAACAGGCCUGUGCCCCGGAAGCAGUUGUUUGCUGAGCGACUCUGGGCCCGUUUAGGAGACUGCGGGCGUGUUGUCACCAUGUUCCUGUCCGCGGUCAUCUUUGCCAAGAGCAAGUCAAAAACCAUUCUGGUGAAAAUGCUGAGCCAAGCUGGGACAGGUUACUCCUUCAACACUAAGAGAAGCCGACUACGGGAGAAACUGACUCUCUUGCAUUAUGAUCCAAUUGUGAAAACAAAAGUUCUCUUUGUGGAACAGAAGAAAAUACGUUCCCUAUAAACAAUGGAUUGAAAAUGAAUUUGAUUUAUAAAUGUGAAGACUGAGGGCGGGGUACUGAUUCAGAAAUUCUGCAGCGUGUUAUAAAAGAAGAGGAAAUGGCAUGGAAUCACUGCCUCCUGUGAUUUGAAGGCCAUUGUGAAGAAAAACAAUGUACCGAAAGAAAGUUCUUCAUAUUAGGACAUAUAUCAUUGCAUCACAUUUAUUUAUCUUUCUGGAUAUUUUUAUAGCCCUUAAUAAAAAAUAUUAAAAUA